AUGUGGCUCAUCACCGGUCCAUUUGAUAGUGUUGAACAGGGGGAUACGACAACAACCAAGACAAAGCUACUUAAGCCUGGCAAAAAUUAUGGGCUCGGUCGUAAAGAACAACCGCUGGUAGUGAAUAGCAAAAAGAUUUCUCGGGAUGCUUGCGAAUUCAAAGUGGGCCCAUACACGCCAGAUAACAUGGUCGAUCCAUCAUACGUUCCCGCACUUGAAAUAGUCAAUAACAAGGGCAAGAGCCUCAUGAUUAAGCGACAGAGAGGGGACGACGUGGUCUGCAAUCCGUCAGCCUCUACUACUCUUGAAGAUGGAGACCACAUUACUGUCGUUGUUGGCAUCGUGCUGGUAGUACGAUGGCAACGAAUAGCAUGUUUUGUCCCUCCAAUAAGAGGCAUGCCCUUGUUUUCUUCUGAAGACUGCGCUUCAAUCGGUAUUAGCACGCAUGCUUCAGCGCACGAGCUUCUCACACAUCACAUCACACCAAAGUAUGAAGUGACAACCCCAGCUAUGACCUCUUUGCUCUGCGCUGCUCAACUUACCAAACCAGAGUGGUUGCAAGAACUUGUGCAGCUUGGCAGUACUCCCACAGAGAACGAUUCUUUCGGUUUGACAGCCCUCGAAAAGUCUUUUGUCCCGCCCCUUGAGAGCAAGUACCGUCCCGCAUUUGGACCCGCCCUCCCUCCUGCGCUCAAGAGCUUCAAGCAUUGGGAGCCCAAUGAAGAAAGGUUGAACUUACUGAGGAGCUUCCGCUUCAUUCUUCCUGCAGAGGACGGGGAAGUUGAUGCAGAACUGAGGGACCUGGUCGUAAGGGGUGGCGCGGAAUAUGAAGGAUUCAAUCUGAAGGCGGGGCUCGCAAAGUGGAGGCAGGUGAUUGCUAAGGGAAAGAGGAAAGUCGAAGAACUGAGAGGUGCAGGGAAGGGGCUUGUCGUACUGGCGAAGGAUAGUGUAAUACAGAGGGCUGUUGAAGAUGAGAAAUGGAAAGAAAUGGUUGCAGAUGCUGAAAGCCUGAGCGCACAUGUCGUUCGACUGGAGACAGUUCUUGAGGCUGUCGUUCACGUCGAUGCGUCUCGCAUCGCAUCCUCCGGAAGCAGUUCACAAGAAUCGCCAAGCGACUCUUCUCCUUUGCCUUCUUUUGUUCCCAAUACACACCCCGACGAGCCAUCUUUCCCAGAAGGCUCAGACAAGAAAAUUUUCACAGAUAAAAGCCAACGCGCGGUCUCCCCCGGAAGCGGAAGACAGGAUUCUGUUAUGCGCUCGCCUUCACCUCCCGCCGUUCCUGAGCCUCCGCCGACACAGCCGAAGCGAAAGCCUCUGGUGCGGCGAUUACCUCUUAUACUGCCAGUUGAGACAAACGAGGGAUCUGUGAUGAAUUUCGGCAAGCUCGAGUCAGAUGUUGACAAAGCCAUUCCUGAAUCUACGCAAGCGCCUAAACCACCGUCUGGCAGUCGCCCGCGUUUGAAGCGCCGAUUAGGAUUGCCUGGAAUGCCGGGAGCUCCGCCUCCCGAGAUCGAGAUGCCUGUUGUGACCAUUGAUGUCGACGAUGCAGUUGAGGAAGAACCCCCGCACAAGAAGUUCAAGGCUUUAUUCGAGGCAAGUGACCCAGACAAGAUGGUCGUCGAGGGCUCGCAGACUUUUGAAGCAGCCUACGACAAUGCGGUGGGCACCCAAAAUGAGAGCGUUACACAAACAGGGCAGACCCCUGGCUUCGCACCGCCAAAGCGAUUACCGGUUGUAGCAGAGGAAGAAGAGAGCUUGAGCGGGCCCUCACAGCGCGCCAGGUCCGUCGCAUUUGAGGUACCACUCCCCGUAGAGGAGGAUACAGGACCGUCAUCCCAGAUACCAGCCACCCAAACUAGGGCAAGAUCAAAGGCACCUCCAUCUCGUCAGCCGUCAGAACAACCUCGGGCGACAGCAAAGUCCAAGAAAGCCACUGACAGCGGCAAGCACAAGGUCGACAAGGACGAGGCUUUCCUCACUGCCGUUGCUUCGACGAAGCGCGGGAAGAAGACCGAGGAUGAAUUUGAUCGCGAGUUCAAUAAGCUGCGGAUAUCGAAACCGGAUUUGCAGCGCGAAGAGCAGGUACAGAUGUGGACAGAUAUGGGGGACUUUGACCUCCCGAACAUCAGAGGAAACUUUAUGGUCGUUAUGGAUCUGGAUGUGUUCAGGAAUUCAAACAGCCGCCGCGAGGCGGUUACGAAUGACACUCGUGACGCUGCUUUCGGGAACCGACCGAAUUUCAAGAAAUUUAAGAAGAAAAUCGAUGGAUUUUCUCGUGCACCGAUCGAACUUGUGGUUGAAGAGGAAAAUGACUACGGUAUGGGUGCAGGCUACUGGAAAGACACCACUACAGCCAAAGACUACACCAAGGACUCGCAGGUGACUGACAAUGGGACUCAGCGAAGCAAAGGCAAGCGUCGUGCGUUGGCUAUCGACUCUGACGAGGAGGGCACACAGUCACAAACCCUUGAAUCUGUCAAACAGCCCGUUCGCAAGCCAGCGCGUACAAAGGACACAAAGAAGUUGUUCUUAAACUCUGAUGAUGACGAUGCCAAAGACGAUGCAGGCCUUGAGUCCUCCAACGAACAACCUCCGGUGCCUUCUACGCCUGCUGCCCGUGCUCGUGCCAGUAAACGCAGACGUGUGGUUGCUGAUGACGAUUCUGACGAUGGUGUUACUUUCAAGGGCUUCGGCAAGAAAAGAAGAACGAAAUAG